AUGAGCAGCUUAAGGCCUGAAUUGCAUGUUGCACAACAAAUUCGGCGCGACAAAUUAAGGAUCCAUAACAGUUCCCAGCAUUUGCAAGAGUUCCCGAACUUUCAAGUUAGGAACAUUAGAAAUGGCAACAUGCUUGAUGAGGCAUCUCUUUAUUCAUCGGAAAUGAUAAGUUUUUCAACGGAUUCGAAUCCUUUAUCUGCUCCUAGAAACACGUUGGAGUUUAGUCAGGAACUAGGUUCUUCAUCCGAACCAAGUAGGCUAAUGAUGCCUCCUCACUAUGGUAAUUCAUUUCCCCAUCCAUCUUCCCCAAAAGAACAAUGCCAACAGCGUAACUUUGAUUGGAUGAUGAAUUAUCAAAACGAAAGAAAUCCCAACUCUUUCAUGGAUGCUGAGCUCAAUAAUAAUGUGUCUUCUACUCACACUUUCUAUGGGAAGCCUAGUUCUAAUGUGCUUACUGUUGCAAAGUCUUCUCCAAGCCCAGAAAUUCAUAAGCAACUAGGGGAAAUGCAUUAUCCUUCUUCUUCUUCUUCUUCACCUUCACUUUAUCAUAAUGCUUUGCAGGAUAUUUUCAAAUCAGCUUCUAAUAUUGUCCACGGUUCAGAAAUUCCUUCCCUGAUGCAGCAUCAAACUGGUCAUGGAACUUGGGGUGGGAAUCAUAGUGAGCUUGUGCUUCAUCCAAGCUAUGUAAAUCAAGCAAAUGAUCAAUUGCAUAUUGACAAUACCCUUCGUUGGAAUGAUCAACAAGUGAGGGAUUGCAAUCCUCAGGGUCUAUCCUUAUCACUUUCUUCAAAUUCACAAUCCAAGAUUUCUGGUUCUCAUUUUGAAGAGGGGUCUGCAUGUGAUGAUCUUCAAUCUUCUAAGUUUGUGAAAUCUAUCAUGAAGCCGUCUAUGAUUUCUAGAGAUUGUGGGAAAUCACUUGAAGACCCGAUUGGAAUGGUUGUAAACACUAGUAGUUAUCGAAAUCUUGGUCCCCUUGGUCCUUUCACUGGAUACGCUCUAAUUCUGAAGAGUUCAAGGUUCUUGAAGCCUUGCCAACAGCUGUUAGAUGAAUGCUGUUGUCAAUCUAGUCCUAAACUUGUGAAAGCUUGUGAUAUUCCAAAAUGGAUCUCUCGAGAAGUUGGUGCUUCUACUUCUGCUGGUGCUGUUAAUGUUGAUGAAAGUGGGGUUGCUGCAAAAGUUAGUAAUUCAGGUCUUUCUUCAUGUUCAAUGUUCUAUAGUUCAAAUGAAAAUAACGCUGAUGGUGGAGCCUCGAGUAGCUUUUGUCUUUCUUCUCGGCCAGAAUGCCAAAAGAAUAAGGCAAAACUCCUGUUCAUGCAAGAAGAGGUUACCAGGGGAUACAAGCAAUACCAUCAACAAAUGCAAAUGGUUGUUUCAUCCUUUGAUUCAGUGGCGGGUCUUAGUUCUGCUACCCCUUAUAUCUCCAUGGCUCUCAAGUCAGUAUCAAGACACUUCAAAUGCUUAAAAAAUGCUAUCUCAGAUCAACUCAAGUUUGUAUGUGAAGUUUUGGGAGAGGACUUUUCAAUACCAACAACCACAAGUACUAAUAGUAAAUUUGACAAUUAUAUGACAAGGCUAAGGUGCAUGGACCCAAGUUUUCAGAAGAACAAAUCUGGUGGGGGUAACAUAGACUUUCUUGAACCCCAACAACAUGUGUGGAGGCCCCAAAGAGGCUUACCAGAACGCUCUGUUGCAAUUCUAAAAGCCUGGUUAUUUGAGCAUUUUCUUCAUCCGUACCCCACGGAUACUGAUAAACACAUGUUGGCUACUCAAACGGGUCUAUCACGAAAUCAGGUAUCAAAUUGGUUCAUAAAUGCUCGAGUUCGUGUGUGGAAGCCAAUGGUUGAGGAAAUACACAUGCUUGAAACAAAAGGCAUAACGGGUGCCCACAAGAACUCUAAUAAUUAUGAGGGAACUUCUGCCUCUGAAGGUAGCAAGUUUGGUACGCAUGCAAUCCCUGAAAAGCAAUUUCAGUGUUUGGAAAUGGGGUCAUCCUCAGCUUGCAAUGAGGAAAAUGGAAUAGAUGAAGAACAAUGGAAUCAAGAGAAGCGGUCUAAAUUGGAAUGUCAUAUAACAUCAAGCAUGGAUGGGACAAUGAUGGGUUUUAUGCCAUACAGACAUGGUGGAUUUGAGGUUGGGGGACUUGGAUCUGUGUCACUAACUUUGGGUCUUAGGCAUGGUGUUGAAGGUGUGCAACACAAGCAACAGGAGGAGGAGCUUAGACCUAACUUUGGAGGGCACAUGAUCCAUGAUUUUGUCGGCUGA